ACAUUUCCCAGGGUCGGUUGCGCGCUGACGUCGUUUCCGCUUUCCCCAGCCGGGGCUGGUGGUUGGGACCAUGGCAGCUUCCCUGGUGCUGGUGGCGGCGGCGGCGGUCACCGUCAGGGCCGUGCUGUUCCGCUCCUCGCUGGUGGGCUUCAUCUCGGAGCGGGUGGAGGUGGUGUCGCCCCUCAGCUCCUGGAAGCGAGUUGUGGAAGGGCUUUCUUUGCUGGAUCUAGGAGUGUCCCCAUAUACUGGAAAUGUGUUCCAUGAAACUCCACUUAUUAUCUACCUGUUCCAUUUCCUUAUUGAUUAUGCAGAGUUUGUCUUUAUGGCAAUGGAUGUUAUAACUGCAGUUGCACUCUACCUUGUAGCUGAGGAUUUCAACAAAGUUGUGUUUAGAAAACAGCGGAUUGCAUUUGAAUUCAAGAAAUAUGCUUCAGAUGUCAUCUCACUGGUCAGAACUCCUAAAGAAAUGUAUCAUAUUCCUCUUAAGGUAGCACUGUUCUAUCUCAUGAAUCCAUUCACUGUGCUAACCUGUGUGGCAAAAUCGACUUGUGCUAUCAACAAUGCAAUUAUUGCAGUUUUUAUUUUAGCCACCGUGAAAGGAAGUGCCUUUAUUAGUGCAAUAUUCUUGGCCUUGGCUGCAUACCAGUCUUUGUAUCCUGUUGCAUUGUUUGCCCCAGCAUUGCUGUACCUUGCACAGAAACACCAUCUAAUAGUGAGCCUCCAUAGUACGGCCUUCCUGUUAUUUUUGCUCAAAUAUGCUGUCAUGUUUAUCGGCUGCUUGCUGAUCAGCUUAUGCUUGUCAUUUUUCUUGCUGAGUUCGUGGAGUUUCAUUCCCUCUACAUACGGAUUCAUCCUUUCUGUUCCAGAUCUUACACCAAACAUUGGGCUAUUUUGGUACUUCUUUGCUGAAAUGUUUGAGCAUUUCCGGCUGUUUUUUGUGUGUGUAUUUCAAAUCAACGUAUUCUUCUAUACUCUUCCACUAUCAAUGAAAUUAAGAGAUCAUCCCAUGUUCUUCAUGUUCAUUCAGAUUGCAGUCAUUGCAAUUUUUAAGUCUUACCCAACCGUAGGUGAUGUAGCACUGUACAUGGCCUUCCUACCCAUGUGGAACCACCUUUACCGAUUCCUUCGGAACAUCUUUGUGGUAUCGUGCAUGCUGAUCUCUUCAUCAGUGUUGUUCCCAGUUUUGUGGCAUCUUUGGAUUUAUUCUGGAAGUGCAAAUUCCAACUUCUACUAUGCCAUUACUUUGGCAUUCAACGUUGGGCAGAUUCUGUUGGUUUCAGAUUAUUUCUAUGCCUUCAUACGGAGAGAGUAUCAUCUUGUCAAGGGACUUCAUUUAAAAUCCAAGGAUGGGAAAGAGGCACACAUUGUUCUUACAUAAAGGACCAUUUGCACCCAUUUAUUAACAUUAAAAUUCCUGAUAUUAUUUUGUAGGGAAGAUACUGUUGCUAAGGACAUCUUUAACUGAUGUACCUUUCAUCUUAUUGUGGUGCAGCUAUGGAUUGCAGGAUUCAAUCACUUAAAUGUAUUUGUUUUUAUGGAGCUCAGAACACAGGAAGAAAAGACUUUAAGAUUGCUGUCAACAUGAUAUGUUAUAGAAUUUGUUUUUAAAAGUUGCCCUUAAUUUUCUGUUUUCUAAACGACAAGAGUCAUUGCACUGGAACAAUACCAGCCUGAGAAUUCAGAUGCUUCUGGCUCAGUGUUCGUUUUUGUACACGUUCCCUUCUGCAAUACUUAUCUGAUGGUGGGUAGCUAAAUACAAGGGCUUCUGUGGAAUGCGAAUGGAUCUCCUUUUCUCAGGUGUUUUCUAGUUUGGGCUACAGGGCAGUAACUUCCAACUCUGCUACCAAGGGGCUCAGGAAUACCAGUCUUAAUGGCUAAAUUACAUAAAUGUCAUACUAAUUGCCGUCUUUGCUGAUGGGUUGAUGUAGUGUGUGUCAGCUGUUCAUCUAAAUGGGAAGACUUGACCACAUUUCUGAGAAGUGGAGUUGGUCUUGCUGUAAAAAUACAUGGGUGUAUGUGAGAAGUGUGUGAUAAAUGGGCUAAAAUAUUAUCAUCAAUCAUUAACUGAAUGGACAAUACAUCCUUUUCAUUAUAAUCUUCUGUUAUAACACUCUUUGCUCUACAUCCCAAAAUGAAUGUAAGAUACUGUUGAUAAAGCUAAUCAAAGCCUAUGGCUUCUGAAUUUUUUUAGUUUACUGUAUUAUCCAGUAUAAUAGAAUGUUUUUCCUAAAGUUCAAGAGUACACUUCAUUCUAAUGAGCAAAAUUCUUUGGUUAAGAGGACAAUAUGAAUGGCAGUCAUCACACCCGCUCUCAAAAGUUGUUCAAGUAGAAAUGCACUACAAGAAACGUCACUGGGGAACAUUUCUAAAGAGUGUGUGCAAUAUUCUUUGACAUGCUUCCUCCACAUCUAUUUCUCUUCACCUGGACUUGUGAUGAGGAGAACAAAGUUAUAAUCCCAAGGACUGUAAUACUGAGAGGCUGUAUAACCAGAAACGUGUUUUCCUAUUAUGAAAUACAGUUAAACUCUGAUAAUCCAGCACCCUCAGGACGUCUGUACCAGACCAGCAGAUCUUCCAGACUAUUGUGUGUUAUUCCUUUUACUACUCCAACGCAAUUAGACAUGGAGCAGUACAGCACGGAUACAGGCCCUUCGGCCCAACCAGUCGAUGCAGACCACAGUGCCCACCCAUCUAGUCCCAGGUUCCUGCACUUGGCCCAUAUCCCUCUAAGUCCUGCCCCUCCAUGUACCUAUCCAAGUACUUCUUAAAUGAUACUAUUGUACCUGCCUCAACCACUUCCUCUGGCAGCUCGUUCCAUAUACUCACCACCCUCUGUGUGAAAAAGUUGCCCCUCAGGUCCCUUUUAAAUCUCUCCCCUCUCACCCUAAACCUAUGCCCCAUAGUUUUGGACUUCCCUACCCUGGGGAAAAGACUGUUAUCACAUUAUCUUUAAUACAUAUUGAUGAUUUAUCAAUAAUUCAUUAUAAUUAAAUGUUAAAUAGUAAUAUAAUAAAUUUUCCAGUGAAACAAAGGAAGCAUGGGAAACCAAACCCUAAUCAGUUUAAAGAGAGUGUGGGAACUAGGGCCUCAGUGAGUCAGAAGGGAGAGCAGGAAACAUCAGCUGGUGAGUCAGAUGAUGAAUCAUCUGGGUUUCUGAUUAUUGGAGAUUUACUGUAAUGAUUUUGGCCUUUCACUGGUAGCCCACCCUUCAAUAGGCUCUUGCAUUUUGACUUUAUGUAAUGAAUGAGAAUUGUUUAUUGUGAAAGGCCCUGGAGUUUGUCUCUGACAUCCAGCUUGUCUUAAAAUGACUUCAGCACCAUUCAUGUUGUUAGACAUCCCAAGAUGAUACACACGAGUCCACGCAGACUGAACCAAAGAUGCAAACAUCCAGACGUGACCAAAAGCUCACAUUGGUACGGAAAGCACCAUUUACUUGUCUACGGUGCUGCACAUUUCAUUUGAAAGAGCACAAGAUGUAUUCCUGGAGCUGGAGAUAUGUUGCAUCUGUGGGUAAGUGUUGAGAUCAAGCACAUCUGAUUAGUAGUGUAGGCUUGGGGUGCUUGAGAAGCCGUACCUCUACAAUGGUCAGUGCUUUCACUCAGGAGAGAGAGGGAGUUGAAGAAAAAGCAAGUGGGGGGUGGGGAAAUGAUCAGAAGCUUCUUGCCAGUUGCAUGUAACUAAAUUGCCAGUUAUUUAUAAUUGGUGGCAUCUUAAUGUGGUUUUAUUAUUGUGCUUAUGAUUAAGCCAGUUUAUAUUGAUGGUGUUAUAUCUGCAGCAGCACCAUUACUACUCCCUGACUGAUUGCACAUUAAGGAAAUGGUCCUUCUCCCAAUGUCUCAGAUAUCUAAUUUCUCCUGAGUCUUGAGAGUAACUGCAGUGGAAGGUGUGGAGUUCUCUAGUCGCCCUUUGAUGGGAACUGGGACUGCAACUCGCAGAAUUUUUGAAAUGAAGACGACUGUCGUGUUCAGCGAGAUCUAAUCAAUUGCACUAUCAUCAGCAGGAGGAAUGUCACAGAGCAAUGACCACACUUGGAUGAAGUGUACCUAAUACCGUGUGCUUGUUCACUGAUGACUUUCUUCCUAUUUGCUGGACACUGCAGCUCCCUCUAGAUUCUGCAAAAUAACCACUGUGAUAGUGAACUAUUGAGCCACUGUAAACAUGUGCCUGUAGACAGUUCAUUGAGUGCAGAUUAGAAAAAUGGGUAUGCUGCUCAAUUUGAAAGUAUUUCAAAGAAAGCUAUAUUGGUAGAUUAAUCACAGGUUUGGUGAUACUGCCACUUGCACCAAUUAAGGACAGCAGCUUCUUUUACGUUAUAAUUGUCAUCUUUACGUCAACAGCAAAAAGCAUCAUAAAUAAUUGUGCUGAGAAAAAUCACCACUUUGUCACUUCACGUUCUCACAGUUACGGUGAGUUUUAUGUAGACAAUGGUUUCCGCAAAAAAAGUUCCACUGUUUGUAAGUUCAGUUACUGUUCUUUGUGACUACAAAAAGUUGACCUUAAUGACAUUUUUUAAUAAGGACUAAAUGAUGGAAGUAUUCAACAGAUCCGGCAGUAUUUGUGGAAAAAGGUACAAGAUUAGAUUUCAACCACCUGAAACAAUAGCUCUGUUUCUUCACGGAUGUUGCCUAUCUGAAUAUUUUCAGAAUCUUGUAUCAGGUAUUCCACAUCAGCUGCAUCAUGCUUUUGUGAAUUUUUCAUGUUUUAUGCCCUUGCACAGUAGUUUUCCUUGGUUUAAUGCACUCCACACAGGUAGGUAUAUAAAACUUACUGGGUCGAGUUGAUGCUUUGUUUGUACUUGAGAGAGUUUAUACUCUGUUUUCUUUCUGUUACCAAUGCUAUUUGGGGGCAAAGGAACCAAAAUAGUUAAUUGAGUCUCAACAGUAAUUAUCAAAUUUUGGUUAUAUAACAAAAUAACAUCCAUAGAAUCUUGCAGCAGAGAAGGCUCUUACCAUUUUUCUCCUUAAGGAAAGGAUUGGCAAUGCAAACUAUUGGAGUAUCGACAUAAUGCAGGAUGGAAUUAAUGGGCUUUUUAAAAAAGAUGCAGCAAUUACAACAUUUUGAAUGCACUGGAGAAAAUUGUGCUUCUGUGUAACGUGAAGUUAUAUUGGUUCACUGUAAAAAAAAAUAAAGCUGUGAUAAUG